AUGCCUCUCAACGCUGGCGCUUCCCUCUACAGACGCUCUUUGAAACUGGCACUUGACUGGGCCGUUCACCGCCAGAUCUGGAGAGGACAGGCAGUGUAUAUUCGCUCACUCUUCGAGGCCAAUAAGGAUGUUCGCGACCCUCGCCAGCAAAAGGUAUUACUCCAAGAGACGGAAAAACUACUAGAGACCUGGAAACAUCCCGACCCUUAUCGCGCACCUACCGCUCCAGGUGGCAGCAAAUACGAGAGGAACAUUCCCGCUCCCCAAUUGCCCCUUGCUUCGGAAAGCGCCGCACACCAUUAAAUAUCGCCAUUGUAACUGCUGUGCGCGGACCACCCGGCCUAAUAGUGCUUUAGAUAGAAU